ACUCUCUUGGUCCAUUUGAACAAGAUGUAUAUGGAUGCCACGGUAGAUUAUGGCAGAAGAAAUUGGAUCGCAAUCCAUUCCGUAGACAGCAUGCAUAUCGGCAAACUUGUCCCGCCUUGGCGCCAUUAAUGGGCUACUGUCCGACGAGCAGGACUGAAAUUUUUCCAGGCACAUUGCCGUGGUAGUGAACCUUCUUUUUGUUAUAUAGCCAUUUAGCAAUCAACCUGUACUUAAUGUAAUGCCAACAAUCACAAAAUUAACACGCAAUGAAUUUGAGCAAUCCUUAAAUGCUUUCGUGGAAACAUCACACAGAGUAGCGCUUGCAGACCAGUGGCAGCUUAAGAAAGAUCGAUUUGGUAAGCAAGUGUAUAUCACGAAGAAGCAGACGAUUGUGUGCCAGACAUCAAGUCGUCAAGCAGAGUGUUCCACCGACUUCGAGAUUUGUGACGAUGUCCCAGAUAUUGCAGAGUUAGAGUUAGCAUCUCCCGAUGCUGGUAUCAUAUGUACGGAAUACCAUAUUGUAUACUCUACUACAUACUGUGUUCCAGUACUAUACUUCAAUGCCUAUUUUUCAGACGGUUCUUUUUUGAGCAGAAAUGACCUGGAACAGCAUGUCUUCAGCAAACUUCAUGUGGAAGCACUGAGAACCAAUUCGCUCAUACAGCAAGGCGCGAUUUCACAGCAUGACCAUCCUAUCUUGGGGCAACCGUUUUUUUAUGUCCAUCCCUGUGAUACUUCGGCUUUGAUGGCACAACUACAGAUUGAAAAUGCGUUAUCAUAUAUCAUCUCCUGGCUAUCAUUCUUUGGUCCACCAGUUGGUCUCUACAUUGAUCCGAUUUAUGUGCAAAAGGAUUGGGUGAAAAUAGGGUGAUAUGAUU